AAUCAAUCCAAUUAUUUAAGUCCUGUUAUCGAUUUAAACAUCUUUUAAAAAUCAUUAGAAAAAUAUUAACUGAUUCAUUUCCUUAUUUUUACCACUAAAUCUAACAGAAGGUGAUUUUCUUUUAAAUAAGUGCUCUUGACAAAUCCAUUUAUCCCUCAGUGGUUUUUACUUGACACGCGGUUCGUUGUUAAAUUAGUAGAAUUACUGAGAUGUUACUGAUUCAUCUCAAUUCCAUAGUUUUCACUUGGUGAUUGUUUCUAUUGUCAGAGAAUCUUAUUAUUCUUAUUGAUUUCAGAUCAAGUGAAUAUCCACUCACUGUUGAAAUCAAAGACGUGGCUGCAGACGACAAACGGGUCAAUGUUCUGUGUGUUCAGUGUUCACACUUCCUGAUUUGAUCACAUGAUCCAUCUGUGGCCAACACAAGAUAAAACAGGAUCUCCCAGUUCAGGUCUCACUCAACAGGCGUCAGUUUGUUGAUCACGUCUGGCUCCAGUGGAACAAUCCAUCCGUCCAUCAUCAUCUACGUCCUGUUAUCCACAUGAUCAAGUGCUGCCUGUCUGGGGGCGUGGCUUAACAGGUGGCCAGCCAAUCACAGAGCGUCGUCAUGUCUCUGGGCGAGAACACGCCGGACUCGGCGCCGUUCCUCUCUGACGACAGCGAGACAGAGGGUCAGGGGGAGCAGGGCGGGGGGGCGGGCCAGCGGCCGGCGGAGGAGCCGGCCAGCGGCGUGUCCAGCGUCCGAGCCCUGCUGACCGUCCUGGUGCUCUGCUUCAUCAACCUGCUCAACUACAUGGACAGGUUCACCGUGGCAGGAGUGCUCCCGGACAUCGAGCAUUAUUUUGGGAUCGAUGACGGGAAAUCCGGUUUGCUCCAAACUGUUUUUAUCUGCAGCUACAUGUUCCUGGCUCCGAUCUUCGGUUACCUUGGCGACAGGUACAACAGGAAGGUCAUCAUGAGCGUGGGGAUCACGUUCUGGUCACUGGUUACACUGGCCAGCUCCUACACCCCCAGGGAGCACUUCUGGGCCCUGCUGUUGACACGUGGACUGGUCGGGGUCGGCGAGGCCAGUUACUCCACCAUCGCUCCCACCAUCAUCGCAGACCUCUACGUCAAAGGGAAGCGCACCAACAUGCUGUCCGUCUUUUAUUUCGCCAUCCCCGUGGGCAGCGGCCUCGGAUACAUCGUGGGCUCUCAGGUCAGCAACAUAGCGAAGGACUGGCACUGGGCUCUGCGGGUGACUCCAGCUCUGGGGCUGGUGGCGGUGGUCCUGCUCCUGGUCGUGGUUCAGGAGCCCAACAGAGGCGCCAUCGAGGCUCGGCCCGAGCACCAGCUGCACCGGACCAGCUGGCUGAAGGACCUGCAGGCGCUGAGCAGGAACUGCAGCUUCGUGUUGUCCACCUUCGGCUUCACCGCGGUGGCGUUUGUCACCGGCUCUCUGGCGCUCUGGGCCCCGACCUUCCUCCUGAGAGCUGCCAUCUUCACCGGGGUCAAGGCCCCGUGCACGGACGCACACUGCGCCUCCUCCGACAGCCUGAUCUUUGGAGCGAUCACCUGCAUCACCGGCGUUCUGGGCGUGGCCAGCGGCGUGCAGCUGAGUCGGCAGCUGAGGAAGAAGACGCCCAGGGCGGAUCCACUGGUCUGCGCCGCCGGUCUGAUGCUCUCUGCUCCGUUCCUCUACCUGGCCAUCGUGUUCGCUGAGGCCAGCACCGUCGCCACAUACGUUUUCAUCUUCCUGGGAGAAACGUUCCUGAGCAUGAACUGGGCCAUCGUGGCCGACAUUCUGCUGUACGUGGUGGUUCCCACUCGCCGCGCCACAGCUGAGUCGCUUCAGAUCGUCAUCUCUCAUCUGCUGGGAGACGCUGGGAGUCCCUACCUGAUCGGAGUGGUCUCUGACUACCUGAGGAGGUCGGACUCGUUCCUCUGGCAGUUCCGCUCGCUGCAGCUCUCUCUGCUGAUCUGCGCCUUCGUAGCGGUGGUGGGCGGGGCCUUCUUCCUCGCCACCGCCCUCUUCAUCGAAGGAGACCGAGAUCGGGCGGAGAACUACGUGGCUUCAGACGACGAGCCGAUCGUGGUGCCGAGCAGCGGCCGGUCCACUCGGGUCCCGGUGUCCAGCGUUCUGAUCUGAAACCAGCCGCUGGGGAACCGCUGGUGUACCGUGUCGUGGGACUGAAGACACUGAAGGGACUGUCUGCCGUGCAGAAACCUUUAAAGUUUAUUUCUCUUUUUUAGAACUUUCCCAGAAGGUGGUCGUCUCAGGAGAUGUUAGUGAUGGUUGUGUGGAUCCUCUGAGGACUGAGGAGCUGAAGCUGAUUCACUUUGACUUUUAUUUGACCGACGACAAACUGGUGGAAACAUCUUCUCACCUUCAGUGAGAUCAGAAGUUCAUAAACUUUAUUAAUCACAUUUCAUUUCAGCUCGUUUGAGUAACACUAACCUUGUGAUGCAGUCAGUUCUAAUCAGUCUACAUCUUUUAAGCUUCAUCACUGAUUUGAAUCCUCGUUUUUCUGUUGGAAUGUUUGAAGUGUUAAACGAGGUUUUUUAAGUUUUGUGUUUGAUGGGAUCGACUUUAUGAACGUGAACGUUAGUGAAGUGGUUUAGUCUCAAAUCAUUUUUUACUGUUUCUGUUAAACAAGAAUGAACUUGUUGGACGAAGUGUUUGUGUCGUAUUAACAUGCUCAGGUGGACUCAUGAUUUUAUCUUUAAAAUAAUAAUUUACAGCUUAAGUGGUUGUUCUUUUCAAAGAGACACUUUUUUACUUUUAAAUAUGACUUUGACAAUAAGGAAAAUAAAGUUCUGUAACAUCACUGUCACGUCUUUAAGUCUAGAAAACGAUUUUACAUGUUGAUAAAGUUUUGUCCCAAAGAUUCUUUAGGAAGUUUGAUGACAUCGUAUAAAAGCUGUUUUUACAGAUGAAAAUUAAAAACCCUAGAAAAAUA